AUCUGUGAAUGAUCACAGAGGUCACAUGGUACAAGGCUAUUCACAACAGCCUUGUACCAUGUGACAAGCUCUGUGAUUGGUCACAGCUUGUCACAUGGUACAAGGUUGUUGUGAAUAGCCUUGUACCAUUUGAUCUCUGUGAUCAUUCACAGAUUUCAUACGUAGUAACCAAUAAUGUCAGAAGUGACAUCUUGCUUACCACUAUUCAUCGAUCCUCCGGACACAGCGGGCACUGGAUUGCGGUGCUGCACACUCUCGGAGUGCACACAGGCUAAAAUGGCAGGUGCUGUUUAUGA